AAACCUAGCAGGAGACUUCAGAAAGGAGAAUGCUGCAUACUUCUAACUUAAUAGAAAGGAAAGAAUUUUAUUCUGCAUAACCUUAAACAUGAUGCAGCAGCUGACAUACAUGGUACUACAUGAAUGUAUAUGUUCAGUUAGGGUCAGCCUGCUGCUGUGAAGCAUUAGCUUGUCAAAUACUUGUGUUUACCUACUAACUUGGUACCAUUAAUGAGUGCUGCAGACUCCCUUACUUUGUAACAGGAGUCUUCAUUUUGAAAGCAAAAAGAACUUUGAAUUGAUAGUAGAUAAUCAUUGCAUAUUUUAAUGGGGAAAUAAAAUGGAAGUUAUCUUUUGCAUUUUAGUACCAUUGUUUCUACUUUAGGUCUAGUAAAGUACAUAAAUGGAACAAAUAUGAAUGUGGAACGUCCAUUUAAUGUUCUUUUGGAGAAAACUGGGAACAGCAGUUGGGUAGUGGUAUUCAAGGCACUAAUUACAGUACAUCACCUCAUGAUUCAUGGAAAUGAGCGUUUUAUCCGUCACGUUGCAUCUCGAAAUUCUUUGUUUACUUUACACAACUUCCUGGAUAAAAAUGUCCCAGAAGGUCCAACUAUGUCAACCUUCAUCAGACGAUACAGCAGAUACUUGAAUGAAAAGUCACUCGUAUAUAGACUGAUUGCAUACGACAUCACAAAAACCAAGAGAGGGAUAGAUGGGGUGAUGAGGACUAUGAAUACCAAAGAGCUGCUAAAUAUACUUCCAGUUAUUCAAAACCAGUUUGAUGCUCUUCUUCAUUUUAAUGCAAGUCCUGAUGAAAUAACUAAUGGAAUAGUACAUGCUGCUUUUAUGCUCCUCUUUAAAGAUUGUUUGCGCCUCUUUGCAGCCUACAAUGAAGGAAUCCUUAAUCUACUUGGCAAGUAUUUUGACAUGAGGAAGAACCAAUGCAAUCAAAGUUUGGAUAUUUACAUCAAGUUCCUUGGAAGAACAACCAAAUUGGCACAGUUCCUGAAGGUUGCUGAGGAGAUUGGAAUUCAUCAGAGCAACAUCCCAUAUCUUACUCAGGCACCUCACAGUUUAAUUGAAGCACUAAAACAGCAUUUAGCUUCUUUGGAAGACAAAAAAGACAUGUUAUCUCCUUAUAGUCUCCAGCAUACAUUUAUCCCACUCAUCCCAAAGAGUCCAGUUGUGCAAAUUUCAGCAAGCAGAGCUUUGUUUUCAGCUCACAAAUCUGUUGGAGACAGACAGCAAGGUGAAACAAGCAGAGUAAGAAACUUGGAUGACUCACUUGCUGGCCUUGCAGAAAAUCUUAACUUUGGAGAAAGCCCUGUCAAUGAAAGUGACAUGACUCAGCAUCAGGCUUCAGAGAAGGAAAUGAAUAAUGGAAUGAACUGGCAGUUAAACACCUGCACAAGCACAUCAAACAUCUGGGAUUCCAUUUCUGCUCCUAGCAUGGUUCAAACUCCCAUGGGCUCUCCUUCCCUAAUGGCAUCUCAAGCCAUGGUUUAUAUCCAACAAGGCUUAAAUUCCAGCAGUCUUUCCAUCUCCUCCCCAGGACCUCAGAUGCAGUCCGAGUAGAGGUACAAAAGCAAAAGGAUUCAGAUUCAGAGGUGGAAAAAAUUGGUGAUCUUCCUGCAUGCUGAACUGAACCAUCCACAGUUUCAAAAUAAAAUAGUCACUUUGGCAUUCCAUCCUGUUGUUGAAGUUGAAAAAUUUGGAAGCUAUGGGUACUCUUUUGUGUGUGUGUGUGUGUGUGUGUGUGUGUGUGUGUGUGUGUGUGUAGCUACUAGGCUUAAACUCAGGGCUUUCAUCCCUUUUCACUUUGUACUGUAUCAUUUGAUUUAUGCCUACAGUUCUGGCUUUUUGGUGGUUAAUUGGUGAAAAGGGUCUCAGGGACUUUCCUGCCUAGGCUGGCUUUGGACAGGAUGUUCAGAUUUCCACGUCCUGAAUUAGGAUUAUAGGUGUAAAUCAUCAGUGUCAGACUUGCAAUUUGCUUUUAAAGGGUUGUAGCGGAGAAUCAUAAUUAGGGGAAUUCUUUUGCUUGGGCAGAUUUCUUAUGAUUUUGAAUGUUUUGAAAAUUUGGCGGCUGAGGUUGAGAAAAGUUGGUGAACAGGGCUGGGUAGUUAUUACAACAGUUUGGUUGCUCUACUGGAAACAGACAAAAAACAAGUUCCCUUUCAAGGGG